AUGGGACGUGAUUUGCAGAAUAGUUUGGUGUUCGAGGUCGCUACUGAAGUCGCUAAUAGGGUUGGCGGCAUAUACUCGGUCUUAAAAUCGAAGGCGCCAGUUACUGUCGCUCAGUAUGGCGACAACUAUACGCUAAUGGGGCCACUAAAUAAUGGCACCUGGCAGAGUGAAGUAGAAGAAUUAGAUUGGACUGCUAAUGAAACGUUCACCGAAGAGCUAAGACCAUUACAAAGCGUUUUAAAAUCGAUGCAUUCAAGAGGUGUAAGAUUUGUUUUUGGUAGAUGGUUAAUUGACGGUUCGCCUAGAGUAAUCUUGUUUAAGUUAGAUUCUGUUCGGGGGUUCUUAAACGAAUGGAAGGGAGAUCUUUGGUCGUUAGUUGGAAUUCCAUCACCUGAACACGAUCCAGAGACGGAUGAUGCUAUUAUCUUGGGUUACAUGGUUGCUUGGUUCUUGGGAGAAUUAGCGCACUUGGAUCAUAAACAUACAAUUGUCACACAUUGUCAUGAAUGGUUAGCUAGUGUAGCACUACCCUUGUGUCGUAAGAGAAGAAUUGAUGUUGUUACGAUUUUUACUACGCAUGCAACUCUUUUAGGUCGUUAUCUUUGUGCUGCAGGUAAUAUUGAUUUUUAUAACAAUUUGGCACAUUUUGAUGUUGAUCAUGAAGCUGGUAAAAGGGGUAUUUACCACAGAUAUUGUAUUGAAAGAGCAGCAGCACAUACUGCAGAUGUUUUCACUACUGUUUCGCAAAUCACUGCAUUAGAAGCUGAAUAUCUUUUAAAAAGAAAACCUGACGGAAUUCUGCCCAAUGGUUUAAAUGUUGUCAAGUUUCAAGCAGUUCAUGAGUUUCAAAAUUUACACGCAAUACAGAAGGAAAAGAUUAAUGAGUUCGUCAGAGGUCACUUCCACGGAUGUUUUGAUUUUGAUUUAGAUAAUACGCUUUAUUUUUUUACCGCUGGUAGGUAUGAAUACAAGAAUAAGGGAGCAGAUAUGUUUAUUGAGGCAUUAGCAAGAUUAAACUAUCGUUUGAAAGUUAGUGGAUCUAAAAAGACGGUUGUUGCAUUUAUAAUCAUGCCAGCAAAAAAUAAAUCAUUUACAGUAGAAGCACUUAAAUCUCAAGCUGCAGUUAAAGCAUUAGAAAAUUCUGUUGCGGAAGUUACUAGAUCGAUUGGUAAACGUAUGUUUGAAUAUGCAAUGAGAUAUCCGCACAUGGGGGUUCAUUCUGAAAUUCCACAAGAUUUGGAUGAAUUAUUAAGGCCUUCAGAUAAAAUUUUACUAAAGAAGAGAGUUUUUGGUCUUAGAAGAGCUGAAGGUGAAUUGCCACCGGUAGUAACGCAUAAUAUGGUGGACGAUGCUAAUGACCCAAUUUUAAAUCAAAUUAGACAUGUUGCACUUUUCAAUCAUUCUUCUGAUCCUGUAAAAAUUAUUUUUCAUCCUGAAUUUUUAAAUCAAAACAAUCCAAUUUUAGGCUUAGAUUAUGAUGAAUUCGUCCGCGGUUGUCAUUUAGGUGUUUUCCCAUCAUAUUAUGAACCAUGGGGCUAUACACCCGCUGAAUGUACAGUUAUGGGAGUUCCAUCUAUAACUACAAAUCUAUCAGGGUUUGGUGCUUAUAUGGAAGAUUUAAUUGAAGUGGAUCAAGCAAAGGAUUAUGGUAUUUACAUUGUCGAUCGUCGUUUUAAGGCUCCUGAAGAAUCCGUUGAACAAUUAGUCGAUUACAUGGAAGAUUUCUGUAAGAAAAACAGAAGGCAAAGAAUUAACCAAAGAAAUAGAACUGAACGUUUAAGCGAUUUACUAGAUUGGAGACGUAUGGGUUUGGAAUACGUUAAAGCUAAGCAACUAGCAUUGCGUAGAGCUUAUCCAGAGUCUUUCCGCCAAUUAGUGGGUGAAGAAUUAAAUGAUUUGAAUAUGGAAACUUUAGCAGGCGAUAAGAAAAUUAAAAUUGCAAGACCAUUAAGUGUUCCAGGAUCACCUCGCGACAGAGCCAAUAGCGUUAGUAGUGCCGUCUACAUGACUCCCGGUGAUCUUGGAACUUUACAAGACGCUAAUAAUGCCGAUGACUAUUUUUCACUAGCCGUAGACGAUAAGGAAGAUGAGGAAGAUCGCGUCUAUUAUGACGAAUGA